GAGUUAUUUGGUUGGUUUCCAUCGUCCGUUAUGCAAACGUAGUAAUUUCUUCCGUUGCCUGAGGAUCAAGUGCCUGCGUUCUUUGCACUAUUCAGGUGUUCGUCAAAAUGCUGUUUCCACUUUUCGAUAACCUCACGUUGAUUCGUCCAGAGGGUCCCAUGCUCGGGUCAUGUCGGCUCGCUGCACAAAGCCGUAAGAUUAUUCUUUUGCCAAACAUACCUAUUUUGUAUAUCCAAAUAAACAUCAAACAUUUAUUUCCUGAAAUUUUGAAGACAUUAUGCAAUUAGUAAAAACUUUCUAAUUUCAAUAAUUUUAAAAUAAAUAUAUUUCUACAGCUGCCCGUGCAAUGGACAACAAUCGCGAAGAUGAAGAUGAGGACGAGGGCGCUGACAAGGAAAACGAUGUCAGUGUGGCAGCUGGUGGAGCGGACAAAGCUACGCAAGAACCCAAAGCGAAAAAGAAGCGGGCCCGGAAGGUGGUCAGUACAAUUACGAAGAACAAGGAUAGCAUCAAUGCCCCGUUGGAUACCAACCCGUUUACAGAUCCGUUUUUCGCUAAACUUAACUCAGUAGUCGGUGAUGUUAAUAGUACCAGUCGGCUGAUGCAAAACCUAGUUCCUACGGAGAAUGCCGAAUUGCGACUGCGAAUGGAUUAUCCCUUUUGGGACGAUUCGGAGUCACCUGAGUUGAACUGCGAAGAGGAAGAAGACUACAACGAUUGCGAGAAGACAUCAACCACGCUCUACGGGGUUCUCAGGACAAAUAAACUCCACCAGAGGCUGGCCGGAUACGUGAUAACGGAUACUCCCGCUGAGGAUGAAGACGACGAAGAAGAUAAAAUGAAAGACACUGACGACGUGCAACUCCGAGAUGGCCAGGCGGAACCACUUGCCAUGAACCGUUCCGCGUUGGAUGUCCAGUUCGACAUUGAUGCGGAAGUGGAACCGGUUCCUGUUGGCGAUGCUUACAUUAUCGAUUACGCUUCUGCGGACGCGAUGGGCGGACCGGAACAUGAUGACGAGUUCAACGAUGAAGACCAGAUUGCGCUUCAAAACUGUCGAGGUCUCAAACGGAAAACCGUCCUCAUUGAAGACAUGCGUCCAAUCGAUUCCUCCUCGGUGAACCUUGAGUACUCCUAUCGUGCUCUGGAUAACAUCUCACAAUUCUGGGCUGGUCCUUCCCAUUGGAAGUUCAAACGGUCAAAGAAUCCACGCAGCAUGUCGAUGCGACACACUCUCGGAACAACGGAUGCAGAUGGUAAAACAAAACAGAAAGUAACUCGGAAGAAAAAACGGUUCGAGGUUGACGUUCUAGACGACAUGAUCAGCGUGGCGGAAGAGUUGUUCCCCGGUUACAACCCGAAUCGCCCGGUGAAAAACAUAACCCACCUGAAAAGUUUAAUCUGUAAAAAGUGGGACUCCAAAAAGUUGAAGUUGCCUACGGAUUUCCACCUGGAACGGAAUCGUUUCGAUGUGAAUAAAUUUGCCCGGGGCAUGAAACUGCAGGAAUUUGACGCGGCCCCGGAACCGGAUGUACCAGUCGAUGAGUACGACUACAGCAAUCCCGUCGAUCAGAACUACUGCAGUCGAGUUAUGAACGAUGAAAUCGAUCCCGAAGCAGAUCCGGUGCCAGACUUCGCUGGAGGAUCGGGCGACGAUCAUCAAAACUUUGACGAUAUCGCAGCAGGAGAGGAUGGAGGCGGCGGAACAGGUCAACCGCUCAACACCAGCCUUGACUUCAUACCUACAGAAUUCCAAGGAGCACCGGAUAGGGUAAUGAAAAUCAAUAUUGCGUACGCGAAAACGGCGAAGGUGGUGGACAUGAAGCAGCUGAAAUCGUGUUGCUGGAGGCUCAUCCAAGAGCGCACUAGCCAAUGCCCUGCCGAAGCGCCUGCUGGCAGUAGCAGCAAUGUCAGUUUUUCCGAGGGAAAAGCCACAUUUACCGAAAUUUUCCGAGAACUACCCCACAUCCUGUCGAAGUCGAUGAGCGAAAAUAUUUCCAAAUCGUUAGCAUUCUAUUCGGUGCUGCAUCUGACCAACGAACGAUCACUCCGGUUAGUGCGGCAAGAGGAUUUGCAAGAUUUUACAAUUCUACCGCCUGCGUAACGAAGCACACAUGCCCGAUUGCAAACGUUUAGCCGUAACAAAACUAAAGAAUAACGUAUAGUGCAAAGUAGUUUACGGAGAAUCUUCUACUUUUAUCACAUUUCUCACCAGUUUGUAUAAAGCUUUCAAGUCGAAAUAUAAAUCCGUUUGUAUGUUUCGAUUUUGUAGUACUAGUAGGAAUCAUCUGAACAAUUCAAUAUUUUCCGAACAGCGUUACAGUUUAGUUGUUUUUUAGAGUAAGCUCGGAGUAGAUAGCGACGGUAGUCUGAAUUUUGAAAUCUGAAUCUGUAUAGAAAUAAAAAUCUAUUGAUAGGAUUAUUUUCGGUAA